AAGAAGGGUCAUGCAGUAGGAGGGCAAAAAGGUCAGAAAAAUGGAAUUCGGAGGAAUCCUGGGGUUCGACAUCGGCAUCAUUUUGGCGCCGAUGGGUGCUGACGUGUCCGGACCAGAGCUCGUUGCGGCCGUAGCCAAUGCCGGAGGGAUCGGACUCCUGGCUAGCCCUGUCAACGGGUACGAUGUGACUGUGAAAGCUAUCCAGGAGACGAAGAAGCUGACGAAGAAGGCGUUCGGGGCGGGGGUAUUGUUGGAAUUCGACAACGAAAGGACGAUAAAGGCCAUCUUCGAUGAGAAACUUGCAUGCCUUGAAGUUUACUGGGGCGAUUUUCCUAAGGAGAUGGUCGAUGAGGCGCACAAGCACGGCAUCAAGGUCAUCCAUCAGAUUGGAUCGGUGAAGGAAGCUGAAAGGGCGAUUGCUGCUGGGGUGGAUUGUAUCAUCGCUCAAGGUGUAGAGGCAGGAGGCCAUAUCAUUGGAACGGUUUCUUUGAUGGCAUUACUUCCCAGAAUCGUGGACGUCGUUGGUGAGAGAGAUAUUCCGGUCGUCGCCGCCGGAUCUAUCUCCGAUGCUCGGGGAUAUGUGGCGGCACUAGCCAUGGGUGCCAAAGGCAUAUGUGUGGGCACAAGGUUUAUAGCUACAAAGGAAGCGUACGCGAAUGACUAUUACAAACAGCAGCUGCUGCAUUACACGGAGGCAGAAACCGACCGUACAGACCUGUACGGUCGGCUGACUUGGAGGGCGUACGUCCGUUGCCUCAACACACCAUUUCAUCAGAAAUGGAGAAAUGCACCAGAUUCUAUUCAGAACGACGAUAGUCAACCGAUCAUCGGCCGCACUAUCGUAUAUUGGCAGGAGAUAAUCCUUCGCCGAUUUGCCGGCCAAGUAGCGAACCGGACCACAACCGGUCAGCUUCAGGACAUGGUCAUGCUGGCAGGACAAGGAGUCGGGCUGGUUAACGACAUCGUCCCAGCGGCGGAAGUCAUUAAGAGAUAUGUAGAAGGAGCAAAAACAAUAAUACAAGGCCUUAGAGAAAAAUACCAUCCUGACUCUACUCCUCCAACUCCUACUACACCUGAAGAUGAAAAAUGGACGUGGGUUGACAAGUUCUGUUUUUAAAAUGGCAUGAAUAAUCUUUGGAUUAUUGCGAAAGCGACUCUCUAAUCAACCCAUCAUUGCAUUGUCCUUUCAUGUAUAAAUAUUUACUUGGAAUUACUAAUUGGGAAUGCUGCUGGAAUUAGAGAGUUGGGAGAGAGGAAUUUACUUAGAUUAAUUACAUGAUCAAAUGUAGUAAUUCUUUGAUAAUGUGUUUGGACACACUAUUGAAUUGAAUUGCAAUAAGUUUGUUUUCUUUC